AUGUGGGCCUCAUGUCUGUUGCUGCUCUAUAUGCUCACGAAGACCGUGCUGCUGUCGCCGCCCCAGCCAUACGCUUCAUCUGACAUUCGGGCCAGAGCGAUGCACAGAGUACGAACACAACACACACAACCACACUCUCAGAUACAGUCCACUCCACCCACCCACCGAUGCGUGUGUAUGAGUCUUUUCAAUGCUGUGUGUCAGAUGGGUGUGCUGUCCACCACCGGUGCCAACGCAUGGCCGCAUUCCCACAUACACCUGCCUCAUGGCGUCACCUCGCAGUACGGCGAUCAGACGAGGGUGGACAGGAACGUCGAGCUGAUCGCACGCAUGCUCCAGCGAGACCCCCCCCCCCAACGGCUGCGCGUGUCAGAGGUCAGUUGUGUGGAUGCGGGAAAACAGCAUGACCACAACACACGCGUGGCUGCAUAUGUGUGACGAUCUAUGUGUCCGUGUCCGUGUGGCUGUCUCUCAGAUUCAGGGGUUGGUCUUCAUGCACCUGCAUGUCAUCGAGCUCCUCAACGGCUCAACGGACCGCGCGGCAGGGGAGGCGACGCUGGUGCAGGGACACGAGGUGCCGGGAGAAGGCAUCGUGAGGGCGCAGCCGACACACAAUCCAUCCAAGUAUCCCCUCAUCCCCGCCGCCCCCGCGCCCCUCAACGGCCCACCGCGACUCGGCAACGCGCCGGAUCCUGGCCGCACAGGGAAGCCCCGGAAGCCUCUGAACGCCCGGGCGGCGACGCACGAAGAGCAGAGGGGACUCACAUCGAUAGGGUAGGGAGGGGAGGGGAGGGGAGGGGAGAGACAUUGGUGAAUGUAUGGCGGCGUGGAUGUAUCCUUGAUUCGAUUCGUAGGGCCACUCAGGCUGGUGCCCGUGACGCCGCCGCCCCGCCCGGCAGAGGGUUCCUGGACACCACACAGAACAUGUACGCACGAGAGAGACCACACACAUACCUGUGUAUUCGUUCGGUGUGGUCGCUUUUCGAUUGCCUCCCGACAGAUUCAACGGCACGUUGGGCGAUGGAGCUGCUGCAGGGGUGGUGCAGCCGGGGAGCAGCGGACCGGCGGCGGCAGCAGCGGCAGCAGCCAGCCGCAGCAGCCGCAGCAGCAGCAGCGGUGAGGGCAACGGGGAGGACGUCGGCGACGGGAUUCCCCCGACCGUGGAUGACCUGCUGGCCGACAGCAGACGUGUGUGGUGGUGCGUGUGUGUGUGUGUGAUGGGCCUGAGCGAAUCACCAGUUAGCUGUGGCCACUGUGUGGGGCAGCUAGGCCGCCCCUAUAUAUAUUGCUGCCUGCAUUUUAUAUCCUUG